AAUUCUUGUUGGGAGACAUUUUGUGAGGAGACGAAGACUGAGCUGUUUUGGCCGCAUUUCUGGCCUCAAGCCGCAGUCAGCUUCUCCACUUAGAACCUGGCAGCAGGAGACUUAGAAUCGAAUCUCUUCUCCCUCCCGCCUUCUGUUUUUGGCUUUUUGAGAAAAUUUAUCAUCCAACAUGAUGGCCAGCAACGUUACCAACAAGAUGGAUCCUCACUCCAUGAACUCUCGUGUGUUCAUUGGGAAUCUCAACACUCUUGUUGUCAAGAAAUCUGAUGUGGAGGCAAUCUUUUCCAAGUAUGGCAAAAUUGCGGGCUGCUCUGUUCAUAAGGGCUUUGCCUUCGUUCAAUAUGAUAAGGAGAAAAAUGCCCGGGAUGCUGUAGCAGGAGAGGAUGGCAGAAUGAUUGCUGGCCAGGUUGUAGAUAUUAACCUGGCUGCGGAGCCAAAAGUGAAUCGAGGAAAUGCAGGUGUGAAACGAUCAGCAGUGGAGAUGUACGGCUCCUCUUUUGACUUGGACUAUAACUUUCGACGGGAUUAUUAUGAUGGGAUGUACAGUUUCCCAGCACGUGUACCUCCUCCUCCUGCUAUUGCUCUGGCUGUAGUGCCCUCAAAACGCCAGCGCGUAUCAGGAAACACCCCACGAAAGGGCAAAAGUGGCUUCAAUUCUAAGAGUGGAAAGUGGGGAUCUUCCAAGUCUGGAAAGCUGAAAGGAGAUGACCUUCAGGCCAUUAAGCAGGAGUUGACCCAGAUAAAACAGAAAGUGGAUUCUCUCCUGGAAAACCUGGAAAAAAUUGAGAAGGAACAGAGCAAACAAGGGGUAGAGGUGAAGAAUGCUAAGUCUGAAGAGGAGCACACCAGCGGCUCCGUGAAGAAAGAUGAGACUAACAUGAAGAUGGAGUCUGAGGGGGGUGCAGAUGACUCUGCUGAGGAGGGGGACCUACUGGAUGAUGAUGAUAAUGAAGAUCGGGGGAUGACCAGCUGGAGCUGAUCAAGGAUGAUGAAAAAGGGGCUGAGGAAGGAGAGGAUGACAGAGACAGGGCAAAUGGCCAGGAUGACUCUUAAGCACAUAGUGGGGUUUAGAAAUCUUAUCCCAUUAUUUCCUUACCUAGGCGCUUGUCUAACAUCAAAUUUUUCACCAGAUACUCUCCCUUAGUAUCUUCAGCACAUGCUUACUGUUCUCCCCAUCCUUGUCCUUCCCACGUUUAUUAAUUCAUA